UAACAAGUACCUCUGCAAGAUCACGGUUUUGAGUACGAUGCUGUCUUUCACUAUCUCGGGGAUCGGCCUCGCCCUGUACCGCGGUUACGCGGUGAUCUACUCCACCCAGGCGCCCAAGGGCGGCUCCCUGGACGCGAGAGUGUUGGGUGUCCGUGAGGCGGUGGAGGAGGGCAGGCGCCUUAACUGGAGGGGCGCGGUCAGCGAGUUUCCAGAGACGGAGUGGCCAAAGUUCCCCACCUCAGGCCCGAGGGCUACGUUGUGGGUUGCGAGAUGCAUUCGAGAUCGCGAUGUUUCCCCGCGGAACCGACGCGCCAAGUGGCGUUCCGAGGUCGGCUUGACGGCGGGGGGCCAGUCCGUGAUAGGUCAUGAGUUUUGUUGUCGGUUCUUGCAGCUGGCUGGCGACGAGUUGCUCGAGGAUGCCCACCUCUACCUUUGCGCCGGGGAGACGCGCGGCCUGGUCAUGGUCGCACCCUCCCUUCUGUCUUACGUUUCGGAGAAGUUGAGGACGGUGGCCGCUAUCCUGAAGGAGAGGCGGAAGAUGCGUGAGGAGCGUUCCGAGCAUCAAGCGUCGGCAAACAGCAGGGGCGGGAAGGGCGGCCAUGCGGCUUUGCAGAGCCUGGUCGAUCAGCAGCGUUCAGAGACCACGAAGUUGAAGGCUCAGAUGGCCACCCCUGGCAAGGAUGCAUUCGUCAAUUCGUGGACGUCGGAGUGCCUGGCGGCGGUCAACUGGCUCUACGGCAAGUUGCGCCGCGCCACCCCAGGCUACCUCGAUGAGCCUGUGAAGCCAGCCGCGUUCGCCGUUGACUCGAUCGCCCUCCCGCUGGAUAACGUCAAGUGCAAGCCUGGCGAGCACCUGGUCGGGGAGGCGAGCGACUUGUGGCGUGACUGGAUGGCCAGACUCUUGCGCCCGAAGGAGGAUCAUUCCUCGGCAAUUCGUCCCCACUUUGACGAGGUCCUACGUCGAGACAUGUUGACUUACUGUGGGUUUCUGAGUCGAAUCCUCCAGGCGGGUGUGAUCAACUUCGGAGAGGGCGCCUCCUGCACCAUUGCGCCGUUUUUCGUCGCAAAGUCCGAUGGGGGACGCAGACUGGUUCUGGAUGCGAUGUAUGUCAAUGCUUACUUUCACGAUCCCGCCACGGUGGGGCCGCCGACGGCUGGAGCGUGGAGCGGGCUGCGCGCCCGAGAGGGCGACGAGUUGGUGGCCGAGCAGGUGGACAUCGAGGCUGGCUUCCGCGAGCAGGGCAUGAUCGGCGACGAGCAUGUGGUGAAGGGCGUCGCCCACGGCCCAGCGGUCGCCACCUACGUGGACGGCGUGGCGGUGGUCGGUGUGGAUCGGAAGCAGGUGCGGGGCGGCAUUGCAUUUGUCGAGCGCGAGCUGGAGGCUAGCGGGUUGCGCUGCAAGGGGGUCGCCACCACCGCGGACGAGCAGUCGAUCACGGGUUUGGUGUUCUUGCGCGGCACUGGCGAGGUUCGCCUGUCCUCCAGCCGCCUGUGGAAGAUGCGUCUCGCCCUAUUGGUGUUGGCGUCCCAGACGUAUGUAUCUGGUCGCGCUGUGUUCCAGCUCGCUGGCCACAACAACUGGGCAGCACUAUUGAGGAGGCCCCUUCUGUCCGUGUUCAGUGCGGCGCAGCGGUAUGCGCGCAAGGCAGAUGACAAUGUCUGGCGGCUGUGGCCCGACGUGGCGGCUGAGCUGCUUGCUGCGGGUGCGCUGCUGGGCCUGGCCUACCUCAGCGCGAUGCGUCCCGUCGACCCCAUCGUGACGAGCACGGACGCGUCGACUGGAGACGGCGACCCCGAGGGCGCGCUAUUCGGCGGCUUCGGCGUCGCCGAGCGGGCGUGGCCCACGGAGGCGGUGUGGGGCGCCGCGAAGCGCUCCGAGCGUUGGCGCUACUUCGUGGCUGGCGCGGCGGCGGCCCGCGAGCGCGCCUUCUCGAGCCAGCUUGCGACGGGCCUCGAGCAGAUCAUCCGCGAGCAGGUCGAGUGCGGUUCCCAGGGGGUGGCGGUGUGCGCGGACGACAGGGCUCCCGACAUCGUGUCCACCGACCGAGUGACGCAGGGUGACUACGUGGGGCUCGACGCCAACCUAGUGUUCCCGCUGGGCGCCUGGGC